GUCGCCAUAUUUUUUCGUUUGUGCGCAUGCGUAUAGUGGCCACGCUCGACCCUGCAUCUUCCUUUCUUCUCCUUCUUUUGACCAUCUUCGGGAGGCUGCAAUCAUGGUGGCCACAAUGAAGAAGCGCACCAAGCGGUUUAUCCGUCACCAGUCUGAUAGAUACGACAAAGUCAAGCCCAGCUGGAGAAAGCCAAAGGGUAUUGACAACCGUGUCCGCAGACGCUUCAAGGGUCAAUUCCUUAUGCCAAACAUUGGUUAUGGCAACAACAGCAAAACCAGACAUCAGCUUCCUGACGGACACAAGAAGUUCCUUGUCAACAACGUUAAGGAGCUCGAGGUUUUGCUUAUGCAGAACACCAAAUACUCUGCUGAGAUCGCACACAACGUCUCUGCCCGCAAGCGCAAGCAGAUCGUUGAGCGUGCCCAGCAGUUGAACGUUCGCCUCACCAACGGUAACGCACGCCUCCGCAGCGAGGAGAAGGAGUAAAUCCAUAAAUCAAUAAACACUUUAUAAAGACCAAA